CUUUCGAAACCUUCCUUUGCGUCUCGAUCCCCCGACUGUUUCUAUUGGCAUGGUGAGAAGGAAGUGUGAUUGUUUCAGUUGCAUUGGCUGCUUUUCCAGCUGGUUUAACCGACAUAUUCGACUUUCCCACUACGUGAGGAAGAACGAUCCAAAACUACUUCAAAGGAGUAUCGAUGGCAGCGAUAGAUAAGGCGCCUACAGUUAUUCCUCCUUACAGACCCACAACGUAUUCUGCGAAUUUGUCGAACAUGCGGGCUAAAAAAGCAAAACAUGACGAAGCGGAAGGGGGUGGCAAGGCUGGGAUGCCAUUUCCAUCAUCUUUCCAGGAUCAGAAGAACUAUCAGGAAAUUCAUAGGAAAGAAGCUGAUAGCAAAAUUGAAGACAAUUCUGAUUAUAAGGAUUCAUGGUCCAGUGAUGAAGGGGAAGGAAUUAGUUUGGAGGAAUUGAAGCUAACAAAAGGAUACCAACUGUUUAAGGAAGCCUUACAAGCGCACGCAAACUGAACUCAGCCAAGUCCGUCUGAGCAGGGUUCUGUAUUCACUAGUUGACAAUGAUUUGCUUGAGGCUGGGCUAUUAUGAGGCUAGAGUUUUAGACUUUUUAGAUCAAUGGCAUAAAUUGUUCAUUAGAAAAUUUUCUACAUCAAAACUAUUUUUUAAUUACUGCUUUUUUUAAGCACAUACUUAUAGCUAUUGAAAUAGUUUAUUUUUGCGAUAAGAUCUCAAUUAAAUACUUUAUGAUGUAAUUUGUAAUCUGCACCAACCAUUUUGCUCGAUGCAGUUUUUAGUAUUGAAUAGAAGUGUUUCUGAAAAUUAUAUUUCUAUACAAAGAUCCAAGGACACAUUUGACGAAACAUCAAAUAUUUUUAUAUGACGAGCCUUUUUUUUUUUUUAUAAAGGGGUAAGUUUCUAAAGAAACUGUGGUGCUGCGUCGGUGGGAGAGUAUAGCAGGUUAUUUAGUGCUCUGACGAAGGGCUAACGCUCGAAACGUCAGCUUUUUUACUCUUUACGGUGGCUAAUUUAGGUUUUUUUUAUAUUUUACAACUGAUGUAUAUUUGAACCAUUGAACCAUUUUCCAAUGAGUUCAGUUUUUUUUAUAAAGUAUAUAGGUGUCUGCUUUUUUAUCACAUACUUAUAGCUAUUGAAAUAAUAGAUAUCUUUUGGAGAUAAGAUCCCAAUUAAAUACUUUAUUAUGUAGUUUGUACAUAUUUUUACCCAGACAACCCAUUUUUCUAUUUUGUCAAUUAAUGUAUCUUUGAACCAUUGUGUUUGGUACAGUUUUUGAUUUUGAAUAGAAGUGUUUCUCAAAAUUAUACUUCUAUACAAAGAUCCAAGGAAAAAUUUGACAAAACAUCAUCAAAUAUUUUUAUUUAAAGAGCCCAUUUUUUAUAUUUUGCAAUUGAUGUAUAUUUGAACCAUUGAACAAUUUUUUUAUUUUCCAAUGUGCUCAGUUUUUUACACGGUAUAUAGGUGUCUGCUUUUUUUGUAGUACAUACUUAUAGCUAUUGAAAUAAUAUUUUUUGGAGAUAAGAUCCCAAGAUCCCGUCGAGUGUAAUUAUGAUGAGUUAAUUUGGGUGGGGUUUCACAACUGAACUCAAUCGCUAUUGGCAAACACAUCACACAUCACAUUAAUGAAUGCUGAUUGCUCUAUGAGAAAAAUUGAUCCAAAUCACCCGUCAUGUAGUGUAAACCAGAACAGAAAGUUGUUGCCUCUCAUUAACACCUUUAAGGUUUGGGGAAAUUUUGGUGGUCAAAUGUUGAAUCGCUAGGUUGUUUGCAUGCUUUUUGCAGUUUAUA